UUAUUUCCCCUUUGACCCAAUAGGGGGGAUUUCAGCCACACCCGUUUCUGACAGUUGUAUAAAAUCGAGCACACAUGCAAUCUCCCCAGCCAAACAAUGGCCUUACUGAAGAGCUCAGUGACUUUCAAUGUGGCACCGUCAUAGGAUGCCACCUUUCCAACAGGUCCGUUUGUAAGAUUUCCGCCCUGCUAGAGCUGUCCUGGUCAACUGUAAGUGCUGUUGUGGUGAAGUGGAAACAUAUAGGAGCAACAACGGUAGGCCACACAAGCUCACAGAUCAGGACCAGUAUGCUACACAAUCUCACAGAACAGGACCGCUUAGUGCUUAAGCACGUAGUAUGUAAAAAUCGUCUGUCCUCGAUUGCAACACUCACUACCGAGUUCCAAACUGCCUCUAGAAGCAACGUCAGCACAAUAACUGUCUUAGUUCCAGUGAAGGGAAAUCUUAACAUUACAGCAUACAAUGACAUUCUAGACGAUUUUGUGCUUCCAACUUUGUGGCAACAGUUUGGGGAAAGCCCUUUCCUCAAGCUCAGCAUGACAAUGCCCCUGUGUACAAAGCGAGGUCCAUACUGAAAUGGUUUGUUGAGAACGGUGUGGAAGAACUUGACUGCCCUGCACAGAGCCCCGACCUCAACCCCAUCUAACACCUUUGGGAUAAAUUGGAACGCACACUGCGAGCCAGGCCUAAUCGGCCAACAUGAGUGCCCAACCUCAUUAAUGCUCUUUUGGCUGAAUGGAAGCAAGUCCCCGCAGAAAUGUUCCAACAGAUUCUAGUGAAAAGUCUUCCCAGAAGAGUCGAGGCUGUUAUAGCAGCAAAGGGUGGACCAACUCCAUAUUAAUGCCCAUAAUUUUGGAAUGAGAUGUUAGACGAGCAUAUCCACAUACUUUUGGUCAUGUAGUGUAGUUGUAAUUACAAGUUGAACUAGCUAGCUACACUACAAGUAAAUCAGCUCUUUUGACCAUAGUUUUUUGUCUGGAUACGGGUGGAACCAAAAAUAGGGACUUGAAGUACUUCGGACAUAAACAACAAGCACACAUUUAACGCGUACAUUUUUUUACAAAAUGAGUAAAAGAAGCACUAAUUUCUUUUGAGAUAUUUUGAAUGACAGUUGUAAUUUGAAAUGUCUGAGAUGGCAUUGGAUGAAAUGUCCGUUUUAUCAGCAAUAUACUGUGAAAAAGACGAAUUUGAGCUACUUGAGAAAUCAGCAGAAAAGGGACUUGUAUUCCGCAUCCAGAUGAAGGUGGAAGCAGCCACCAGUGAGAGAACUCUUUUGAGUCUCCUCUUCCAGUUGCCAACAGAGUACCCCCACUGUGUCCCAAAAAUAAGUGUCAGCUCUGAACAGCUCUCCAGGAAACAAUGCCAACACAUCAAGCAGAGUCUGCUGGAAAAGGCCUCCGCACUGGAGCCAGACCCCAUGGUUCAUGAACUACUGCUGUGGCUCCAACAGAACUUCACUGAACUUACUUUAAAUGACCAGUCGCUGGUGGAGGUGCAAGACGAGGGUGGUGAGGAGGAGAUGUGGAUAGCUCUUUUUCUAAUAGACCAUAUGAGGUCCAAAACAAAAUAUAUAAAGGCAAUUGAAAAGUGGAGCUUGGAUUUGGGGCUUACCGGAAGGCUGUUCUUGGGGAAGUUGAUACUUGUCCUUCUGCAAGGCGCAAGGAGGAGUAUCAAGGAAUACAUCCAUCUCCAGAGAACUGUGAAAGUAGAUGUGGAUUCAUCAGGAAAGAGAUGCAAAGAGAAGAUGAUGAGAAUUCUUUGCGAAACCCAAGUCUCAGACCUCAAACGGAUCUCAUCUUUUGAAAUCAAAGCGUUUUUGUCCCCCGAGGAGCUAAAAAGGGAGUUUGAGCAAGUUGGACUAUUGAAACUGUACCAAGAGUUUGUGCCCACAUUGCCGUAGCCAUCAUGGCUUUUGUCAAGUCAUGCUCUUCCAGACUGGUGCAGAUUAUGUGAACUUUAUACUUUCCAUAUGACAGUCAAUGGAAGGACUAAUCUUAACAUCUGAUUUAACAUUCAAUUAUGGGUUACAUUUGUGCAUUGAACAUGUAAAAGGUAUUCAAAAGGUUUUUCUACCAGCCACAUGAUGGCAGCAAAGUCUACCAUUUGAAUCAAAGAUUUGUAAAGUUUUUAGUUUAUUCAAAUCUUUUUUUCAAAUUGUCACACACUGGAUAGGUGCUUUGAAAUGUGUUGUUAUACAGGGUCAGCCAUAGUAGCAUGGCACCCCUGGAGCAAAUUACUGUGAAGUGCUUUGCUCAACAGCACAUCGACAGGUUUUUCACCUUGCCACCUUAGGUAUCCACUUAGGCUAUUCUCUAGUUGAAAAGUUGUGCCUUGCUUUCAACUCCUGACAGAUUUGUUCCUCCCUCUUGUACCUCUUCAUCAGAUGAAAUACAUGAAGGUUAAGGUCAUAUGGAAAAACUUAUAUAAAGUGGUGCACAAAACUCUGAUGUUACAUGAAAGUUGCAUCAUAGGACUUAGCUUCGGAUUGCGUCUAGGAUGUUGUAUACAGAUGUAUAUCGUUCUGGUGCCUAGCAUCUGAAAUUAAUAACAGUUUUAGCCUUGCGAGCCACCCUGUUCUCGCAGGCUUAUAUACAGUGCAUUCGGAAAGUAUUCAGACUCCUUUUUCCACAAUUUUGUUACGUUACAGCCUUAUUCUAAAAUUGAUAAAAAAUAAAAAUUUCUACACAGAAUACCCAAUAAUGACAAUACCUUAUUUACAUAAGUAUUCAGACCAUUUGCUAUGAGACUCGAAUUUGAACUCAGGUGCAUCCUGUUUCCAUUGAUCAAUCUUGAGAUCUUUCUACAACUUGAUUGGAGUCCAGCUGAGGUAAAUUUAAUUGAUUGGUCAUGAUUUGGUAAGGCACACACCUGUCUAUAUAAGGUCCCACAGUUGACAGUGCAUGUCAGAGCACAAACCAAGCCAUGAGGUUGAAGGAAUUGUCCGAAGAGCUCAGAGACAGGAUUGUGUCGAGGCACAGAUCUGGGGAAAGGUGCAAAAAUGUUUGCAGCAUUGAAGGUCCCCAAGAACACUGGCCUCCAUCAUUCUUAAAUGGAAGAAGUUCGGAACCACCCAGACUCUUCCUAGAGAUGGCCGCCCGGCCGAACUGAGCAAUAGGGGAAGAAGGGCCUUGGUCAGGGAGGUGGCCAAGAACCCGAUGGUCACUCUGACAGAGCUCCAGAGUUCCUCUGUGGAGAUGGGAGAACCUUCCAGAAGGACAACCAUCCCUCCACCAAUCAGGUCUUUAUGGUAGAGUGGCCAGACUGAAGCCACUCCUUAGUAAAAGGCACAUGAUAGCACGCUUGAAGUUUGCCAAACAGCAUCUAAAGGAUUCUCAGACCAGCGUCAUUGACUUGCCUAGUUAAAUAAAGGUGAAAUUUAAAAAACUAAAAGUCACGGCUGGAAGAAACCUGGCAUCAUCCCUACUGUGAAGCAUGGUGGUGGCUGCAUCAUGCUGUGGGGAUGUUUUUCAGCGGCAGGGACUGUGAGACUAGUCAGGAUCGAGGGAAAUAUGAACGGCGCAAAGUACAGAGAGUUCCUUAAUGAAAACCUUCUCCAGAGCGCCCAAGACCUCAGACUGGGGCUAAGGUUCAUCUUCCAACAGGAUAACGACCCUAAGCACACAGCCAAGACAAUGUAGGAGUGGCUUCGGGACAAGUCUCUAAAUUUCCAUGAAUAGCCCAGCCAGAGCCUGGACUUGAACCCGAUCAAACAUCUCUGGAGAGACCUGAAAAUAGCUGUGCAGCGACGCUCUCCAUCCUGGCAGAGCUUGAGAGGAUCUGCAGAGAAGAAUGGGAGAAACUCCCCAAAUACAGGUGUGCCAAGCUUGUAGCGUCAUACCCAAGAAGACUCAAGGCUGUAAUCGCUGCCAAAGGUGCUUCAACAAAGUACAGAGUAAAGAGUAAGAAUACUUAUGUAAAUGUACUAUUUCAGUUUUUUAUUU